CAUUAUAUACUAACAAAACCAAAUAAUCUCUCAAAUACAAACAGGGCAAAAACGAACUUGUCUUCUCCGAGAAGAGAAGAGAAAAAGCCAUUAGAAUACGGCAGAGAAGCAAAGAGCAAGCAUUUCUAGUUCUACCAAACUGUACAAAGCCUCUCAAAGCAGCAGCAGCAGAAGAAGAAGAAUCUGAAGAAAUGGACGAUUACACUAGAGAAAUGAUGGACCUCAAAACCCUCGUUACACGAACCCUAGAGAAGAAAGGCGUACUCGCUAAGAUCCGAGCUGAACUUAGAGCAAGCGUUUUUGAGGCAAUUGAAGAUGAGGAUAGAGUAAUUGAGAAGGAUGAAACCUUGCCUCCUGCGCUAUUGGGUAGCUGCAAUGAUCAGGCAAAACAACUCCAUAACUCGCCUUCAGGAAGGCUACUAACUGCACUUAUAUGUGAAUAUUUGGAUUGGGCUCAAUUAAACCACACACUUAAGGUGUAUUUGCCAGAGUGUAACUUGCCAAAGGAGUCAUGGAAAUCUGAGCUAAAAGAAUUCAGCAGCAAGAAUGGAUAUGAUCUUAACAGGAAUGGUGACAGUGCUCCAUUGCUUUUGGAUGUUCUUGAAGGAUUCUUGAAAUACGAGAACUUCUCUCAAGCAAAGGGUGCUGGAUCUCUGUCCAACACUGAAGCUAGGAAUGUUAGGAAGCCUUCUUCAUCUUCAGUUGCCGGGGGGUUACCUCCGUUGGGAAGGCCAGGUCCUGCUGCGCAGUCAUCUGACAGAAGGGCAGGUUCAUCUAUAUCCGGAUAUAGGAAAGAUGAAUACAACUGGAGAUAUGAAAAUGAAGAGCUUUCGCAAGAUGUAAUGCUUGCCUCAUCUGCCUUAGAAAACCUUCAAUUGGACAGAAAAGCUCGGAACCUUACCACUUCAUGGCGGCACAGAGGUGAUGGCAUUUCUGAGGAUGAUGGCAGGAUGGAAUAGAUGAGAUUGUAUCAUCUCCAAAUCACUAAUUAUAUGGGAAUUGAUGAUAUCCUUCAACUUAGAAAUGCAAUGUUCUAAUGUACGCUAUGUAUGAUUUAUAUACAAUAUUGCUUGUAGUAAUUUGUGUGUGCUUCUCAUUUUCCUUUGUUCAUUUUUGUUCUCUCCUCUUAUCACGAUGUCCCUUGUGUGGCUAAGCAAGCGGUGUUUUUAAUGCAAUUUUUCGUCAUAUUAAUGGUUCUUA